AUGACCAAACGCAAGCGGACGGAAGCCGAUGAGGCAUCGGAGGCCUUGCCGGAGACCAUCUUGCAGACUAGCGAGAGCAAAGACGUGCUGGAAGUUUUGCCGGGGAUUACCCGGAAGAUCACCGCAUGUGGAGCGUGUCGCAAGCAGAAGAUCAAAUGUGACAUGACCAAUGGGCCCCCGUGCUCACGAUGUCAUCGGCGAGGCCUGUCCUGCGUAUUGAACAAGAGCCUGCAGUCGCUGGUGGAGGAGGUCAAGAAUACCGAGCAGUUGCAGAGCGAUGUCCAUGGCAUUCACGAGGUUCUCGACAGCAUCUGCCAGCACCUCAGCUUGCCACGACCGAGUCCUCUUCUCACUGCGGGCGAGUCGUCACAAGCGGACAUCAAAGCAGAUCAACCGGACGAUGUAGAACGAGACCAGGAAGAUCUCGACGGCUGUGAGAUAUCACCACCCGACACACCAUCUGCCGUGCAGGCCCCCAUCGAUACGUUCCUGGAUAUCGCUAAACUGGGCAGUCCGGGCUCGUCAGAGAACACCCCGAGAAGCACCACCCGCCAACGACAAUAUGCAGCACCCCAAGACCUGAUCAGCAAGGCCGUGAUGAACGCUACUGUCGCAGAGACCUUGGUAGAAAGAUACUAUACACGACUAGACCCCUACCUUUACGGCAUCUGCAGUCGCUAUCGAGAUCUCAAGCAGCUUCGGACGGCAUCCCCCGUCCUCCUGGCAGCCAUCUGCACCGUCUCUGCGCUACAAGAUCCACAAGGACAAGCAGUGUACGAAGUAUGCAACCGCGAAUUUCGGCGACUGGUCUCACGAUCAAUCUUCGAGAAACAUGACCUGGAAUAUGUGCGUGCGCUAUGCGUCAGCUCCUUCUGGCUGUCCGAUGCAUCGAGGAUUCUGGCGAGCGACGCCAUUCGACGUGCAGCGGACAUGCGUCUACAUCGUGGUUUCACCCAUCUCGCGAACACGACGAUCGAUCCGGGAUUGCAACUAACUGAUACUGCACCCGGAACAUCUCUGGCCGGAAUAAAUGUCCUCAAAGACCGCGUGAGGUUGUGGUAUCUCAUUUUCAUCUCCGACCAGCAUCUUUCCAUUCUCCAUAACCGCGAUCCUCUCCUCCGUAGCGACAAAGAGAUCGCACUAGGCUGGGAAACCUUUCUAGCCCGAGACGACACGACCGAUUCCGAUGUUCGCAUCAUAUCCCAGGUCGCACUUCUAGUCAUCAUGAGUCAAAUUCGUGAUCUACUCGGCUCUGAUCAAGAGUCUCGCAUUCCACAGUCCCUCUCCCACCAAAUCACGCACUACUCCCGUCAACUCGACCGUUGGUUCACCAAGUUCUCUGCCCUCUUCAAACCAGAUCCAUACAUUGGCGACUUCCCGAAGCGCGGGCUCCAGCUACAUUACCAUUUCGGUAAACUAUACCUCGGCCACCAGGUGUUCAAAGGACUGAACGGAGAAGCCAUCCCGUCCCAUUUCCUGGCAGCAGCCAGUAUGGCCCACGAAGCCGCCAUCGCGAUCUUCGAGAUGAUCCUACGCGAAGAAAACCUCCGACGUAGCCUCGUUGGGAUGCCCCAUUACUUCCACAUCAUGAUUGCCUUUGCCGGUCACUUCUUGAUGGAAGUAACUCGGAACUACCACGCCCAGCUACCGAUAUCACCAGAUCAGGAUUUCGAAUUAAUUCGGAAAGUGCUUGAGCUUUUCGAGGCUAUCCCAUCAAUACAGCAGCACCCAAUCUGUCGAAUGACUCCCGGCCUAACACGUAAAUUGCGCGAGUGCAUUGAUAUGCUGCAGAGGGAUGGUGGGCAAAUCAUGUCUUCCCUGCCAAUGGCCACAGAUCCGAUUGAGUAUGAGGCACACAGUGUUCCAGGACAGAUGAAUGCGCCACCCGGGGCCUUUCCUUUUGCUGGUGACUCGCUCGUACCGCCUGUAGAUGACUUUUUGUUUGCGGAUUUUGGAGAGUUUAGUUUUCCUGGGAUGAUGUCUGGUCAGAACUAG